CAUACCGUCAUAAUCUUUAUUUAUUGGAUUAUCAAUGUUACAAGACAAACUCUGUUCUGACUUACAUUUAUAUCUAAAAGUAAUGUUCUCCAAGCAAUAAUUUUUUUGUUAUAAAUUGAACAUAAACAAUAUCACCAUGGAUGUAGAUCUACUCAGACCGGGAACAGUGCCAAUAUCUCCAGACACCAUUUUAUGGUUUGAGUUCCUUCUUGAUCCAAAUCUAUUGAAAAACCAUCUAAGCAAACAGAACCCAGAGCCAUCAGCAUGUGAUUUGAUAGAAGAGUUUUUAUCAGUGGACUCAAAAAAUGCUAAUUCCAAGCCGACUAGUGAGCGAGUGGUGGAUGUAGACGCACCUCCAAGCCCACCCACUGUUACAACUCCAGCCCCUUUGCAAUUUACACGGAAACAAUUGGCAUUAAAAAUUCUUGCACUCAAAGUUGCGUCCACUCUUCAUUGGAACUUAGAUAUUUUUGAAACGAAGUUGCCUCCACUUUUUCAGCAGCAGCUAAUGCAAGAUUUGGUAUAUAUGGCCACAGACACUGCCUUCACUGUUCCACCUAUAGAAGUACCUCAAGAGCUGAUGCAGCAACCCAAAGUUCAGUUCGCACUGACAUUAUAUCACAGAUGGAUACUCAGAUUUCCAGUUAAAGCUGCUUUAUAUGCUAAAUCAACAAAAAUGGCAUUUAUUCACAUGCCUGGUAUGCAAACCGAAGUUGGGUACACCCCUAUGAAUCAAAAUUUUGAAAAAAUCUUAAGAAUGACAGAACUUGCGAGAAUGCAAAGCAUAAGAUUUCUAGAAGAAAUAUUAUCGUUCUAUGAAAUUCCACAAAGUUCCACUCACAGAGAAUCAAAGAAAAUUAAAGUUCCUGUUAUGGAAGCAUUUGUACAUUUGACUGAAGACUCGGAUGACCUAAAUCAUAAUUGGGAUGCCGGUGAUACUGUCAUAAGCCAGUAUGAAUUUGCGAUGCAGAUACAUUUUGACUUAUGCUAUAAUUAUUUCUUUUAUGGACAGCAUGACUUGGCCAAGAAACAUAUACUUGGUUGCAGAGAAAACUUUAACUUAUUGGAAAAAGAAGUGGCUAAUUAUGGAUAUGGUACACACAAAGUUAUGCCUUGGGGUGAAUUUUAUUAUGCUAGCAUGCCAAAAGAUGACAUACUAGGCUACAUCAGGGCACUAAAUUUAGCAACAGAUGUUUUAAAUGAAGACCCUUCUCUUUUACAAAAACUACAGGAAUCAAUAGCUAAUCAUUACACUGGUGUCAUUGGUGUUUUACAAGCUGACAAUUUGGCAAGAGAAAUACCCAUGAUUCAAAGACAAGUGGUUGAACUAGAUAUUCAAGGAUCUGCCUCGAGUGGGGCAUUUACUGUAGCUCGAGAUUUACUAAAUAGAGUAUCAGCGUUGAAUGCCGUUCGUUAUGCCUUAGAAGGUGGUAUUCCAUCAACACAUCCUGAUUUUCUUAAUAAAUUUAAAACUGUUGGUAUAAAGUUUUUUGAUCUUCUCUUUUGGGCAUUGGGACCAGUUUUAACUUCUAAUCUGUCUGAAGAAGAUUGGGACAAUUUGAAAAUGUUUUUCCUCCACUUGGCCACUUCGCAAUGUAGACUACCAAUAGAUAGAAUAGAUGAAUACUUAAAAAAACAUGUCGGUGAUGCAGCUGAAAAUAUACGUAAAAAAAUAAUAUCAGAUGAACAACUUCGAACCAUAUUGGAUGAUUCUAUUAACCAAGAUGAUGAAAAUAUGGAUAUUCCACGAGAGCUGUUGACUGACGAUUGGGAAACACCAGAUUUUGAAUUCAAGACUGUUCCUGAGCUAGAGAUGGGGAGACUUAAAAAGCGACUUAUUGAAGCGUCAACUGCUGACGACGUUCGUAUGUGUUUGGUAAAAUUAGCUAUGAUGUCACCGUCGUCGCCCUUGUGGAAAUUAAGUCCAUCGUGGAAGCCCGCAGGUGGUUUAGGAAACGCCUUGGUCUCUUUGCCUAGAGGGUUCUUGCAGGAUUUCGGUUAUGUAGUUUCUGGAGCGGCUAGAGCGAGAGCGGAAGCUGGAUGUGCCCGAACUGCUUUAUCACUCCUCUCUGUGCUAGAAGGUGAAGCUAGAAGCCAGCUCGGAGGAGGGACUGACCCGGUGCUGUAUAGACUCUGCAGACAGUUGUCAUGGGAAGUUUUGCUACUACAAGUGAAUGUUAUGUUGAGUGAAUGGCCCCACCAUCGUUUAAAUCUGGCUGCAUUAGCAAAUAAGUGCAAAGCUUGUAUAGCGGUUGCUAACUCCGGCGACAGUAUCAUUCCGCGACCUCAGGUAAUAGAAGCAUGUUGGAGUUGCCUAGUGAACGCUUGUGAGUGGGAAGGCGUCGGCGCCGUUGCCGGACCUGGGGAAGUAGCAGCUGCUUUGUGCGCAGCUUGUAUUGAAUUACAAAGAGGAAAAGCAGCAAGAAAAUUCCCCAGACCAUUGUGGGAUUAUGUUUUAUCAGUGUACAGCAAUGGGUCGGUAGGCCCGGUUAAACGUAAUGCAGCAGGAAUGGCGUCGCACUCUCGUGACGCACCGAACGCAGCCGCUGAAGCACGAAAUGCAUUCAACGCCUUUCUAGCAACUCUUAGAGAGCCCCUUGCUGUUAGCGUCAUGCUAUCUUUACUCGCUCGAAUACAUAACCUACUCAUAGAUGACAACACUUUAGAGCUUGUAGUAGAAUACACAAAUUUGUGGCCGACUACAAUAUCGAAUAUAAACAACUACAAUGUAAAAUAUGUUCUCGAAUCUCUUACUGAUAUAUUAGAAAGGAGUCUGAAGCUUUAUCCUUAUAAUACUUCAUGGCUACGACUAUACGGUGACGUGGAAAUGUGUGGUGGUCGUUGGGGUGCGGCGUUACGUCGUUACUUGUGCGCUUUGGCAUCUGGUUCUUGGUAUUUCGCGAAACGCGCACCAGAUGAGGCCGGUAUUGCCAGGAGAGCGGCCCGCUGUUGCCAAGCUUUGGCCGCUCCUACGCAGGCGGCAGCACUGUGCCAAUUGCCGGAUGAGCCGGACUACACUACCGCCUUCAAGUGCCUCGCGGAAAAGGCAAGCAAUAUAUCGGACGCAAUGGACGGCUACUACGGCUGCUUAUGGGACGGCACCCUAUUAGAAGUGGGGGUGGCUUUACACGCGCGUCGAGGCGAGGGCGGCAGACGAGCCCGAGCGGUGAAGGCCACUGGGGCUUUGGAACUAAACGCGAACAACAGCGAAGAUAUUCAGAGGGAAGCGGCGGCAAUCAGGAGAGCAAGACUUCUCCGAUCUUUGACUAACCAAUACGUUGCGUAAAGAGAUCAAACAAUCUUUAAGAGGACCAGACUGGGCAGUGAUUUUCAACAACUGAAUAAGCUCUGUUAGUAUUAGAGAUAGGAUCAGUGCGAGCGCGCAAUCAAAACUGCUGGGGCUUAAAAACUAAAUGCGAAGAUAUUGGGAAGCGGCGGCCAUCAGAAAAGCUAGACUCCUCAGAUCUUUGACUAACCAAUACGUUAAGUAUAGAGAGUAAGAGAACUUUAAGAAGACCAGACUGGGACAGUUAUUUUCAAUAACUGAAUAAGCUCCGUGUGUAUUACAGAUAGGAUAAGUGCACGCGCGCAAUUACAGCCGCUGGGGCUUUCGAAAUAAACGCGAAAAUAAAUAAGAGAAGCGGUGGCGUUCAGAAGAGUUAGAAUGCUCAGAUCUUUAACUAACCAAUAUCUUGCUUAAGGAGUUCAGCUAUAAGGCAAAAAGCCUGGGACAGUGACGUUUAUGUUUUUUAAUAAGUGUUAAGAAUGCGCGAUAAAUGUAGUGAAUCGGUGAUAUUAGUAGUAAAUAAUGAUAAAAACAUUAUGAUCUCCUGUGUUUUUUUUAAUAAUAUAUAUCAUAAUAAUAAAAUCCACUAUAGUAAAUGAAUG